AGUGGGACGUCGCCGGUCGCCUUGGAAACCGCGGGCUCGGUGGCGGCGCAGGAGGAGCCGGUGGGCUUGUGCAGCCGAGGGCCUGGAGUGUGAGCCACCUUCAAGAACUGAUCCUGGUAGAUUCUCUCCAUAUUCACUGCAGCUUCUUAAAGGACAAUCGGAAUUGGAAACUGUUCUGGUUACUGCAUUUUAAAACUAUUUGUUAUUGCAAUUCUGGAUCAGACGACAGACCAAUUUUAACACUAAGAAUCCAGUAUAAUUUGGAAACUGCAUUUCAAAAAUAUUCCUCCAACUAAAGGAUUUGCAUGGAAUUUUCAUCCUUUACUGAGAUAGAAACCGCCUGGUGGUAUAUUUCUUAAUAGUUAACCAACAAAAUGGAAAACUCAGGGAAAGCAAAUAAAAAGGAUGUGCAAGAUGGACUGCCAAAAGAAGUCAAAAUGCCUACCAGUGAAGCACUUCUCGACUAUUACUGUCAAAUAAAGGAAAAUGCAGUAGAGCGAUUCAUGUUUCAAAUGAAAAAACUUAGGGAAAAGAACCAAAAGUAUCAUGAAAGAAAUAGGCGCUUAAAGGAGGAGCAAAAUUGGCACAUACGGAACCUGCUUAAGGAACUGAGUGAAGAGAAAACAGAAGGAUUACCAGUUGUAACAAGAGAGGAUGUAGAAGAAGCAAUGAAGGAAAAAUGGAAGUUCGAAAGAGACCAGGAACAAAAUUUGAAAGACAUGCGCAUGAAAAUAACUAGUGCUGAAAAGCUAUUUCUUGAGAAGCUUAGUGAAAAGGAAUAUUGGGAAGACUAUAAGAAUGUAGGGAGUGAACAACAUGCUAAACUCAUUACCUCCUUACAGAAUGACAUCAAUACAGUUAAAGAGAACGCAAAAAAAAUGUCAGAACAUUAUAAAAUCACUCUGGAAGAUGCCAGAAAGAAAAUAAAUAGAGAAACUUUGUUGCAGCUGGACCAAAGGAAGGCAUGGGCCACUCAGAAUGCUGUAAGGUUCAUUGACAAGGGCAGUUAUCGAGAGAUCCAGGAGAAUGACUGGCUAAAAAAAGAGAUUGCAACUCAUAGGAAGGAAGUUGAAGAAUUAGAAAAAACUAUUCAUGAGUUGGAAGAAGAAAAUUUGGUGCUUAUUGAUCAACUAUUCAACUGUAGACUUGUGGAUCUCAAAAUACCCAGGCGACUGUAUCUUACCCAAGCUUGUGGACAAGAGGUACCACCUGAAAAAAGUCCUUUGGAGUUGUCAGAAACAUAUAUAGGCAAAGAAAGUAGUGACAUGAUGAGUGGAUCAUUUCAGAGCAGUGCCUUAGACCUUAGUCAGGAAGACAGCACUGGAGACAUCCAGCACCUGAAAUUGGACAAAGCGGAGAGCUUGAGUGUAGAGUUUGGAGUCUCUGAUAUGAAAUACUUGCUAUAUGAGGAUGAGCAGGAUUUCAAGGAUUAUGUAAACUUAGGCCCUCUGAAAGUGAAACUUAUGAGUGUGGAGAGCAAGAAAAUGCCCAUUCAUUUUCAAGAGAAGGAAGUUCCAGUCAAAUUUUAUGAAGACAUCAGCAGCCCAGAAAGCCACAUUACGUACAAGAUGAUGAAGUCUUUUCUCUAAGGCUGAAUGCCACAAAGGAAAAGCAAUUUUUCCUUAGAGAUGGUCUUUGGGAACAGAAGUGUAUCUGUUGCCCAUUUCAGUAAUACUCUGGUCCAUUUUAAACCAGUUAUUUCUGAAGGUAAUAAUCACAUUUAAAACCAAAGUUCCAAGUACUUAGCUAUUAUUUUACUUUCAUGAUAUGAAUGACAACAAGGAAAGUAUAUUUUGUGUUUCUCUGUUGAAAUAUUCAGAAACAUGACAGUUACAGGUAGUUUCUGGUGUUCUUUCUUACUUCUUCAAUCACUUUUCA